GUGCGCCGUGUCAUCUUGGUACCGUUACACAUUGUCGGACCGGUUUUGGCAUUUUAUUCGGGUGGAAACGAGAGAAACGUGUUGCCAUCGUUACAGGACCAAUUUCCGUGACAGCUGACUAGUAUCAGUAUGACUGCCUUGCAUCAGGACUACACUGAAGUGAUUUGUGAUUCAAUUUUUACUCAGCUCAAGGAUGGCAGGAAGUCCUGACCAUAAACAAGAUGAAGAGGGCCUCAGGGACACAGUGGUGCAUUUUCACAGCUACUUGCAUGGAGGGACCUCCAGCUUGCUAUCCACCCUCCCCACCCUCAUCGUCUUCCCUGUGUACAAAAUUGUGUUCCGUCAACAAAUCCACAACACCCCAGUCCACCAGGCAGUGGGACAACUCUAUAAAGAGGGACCUGUAAAGCUGUACAGGGGUGUGGCACCACCAUUACUGAUGAGGACCCUCAAUGGCACGCUGCUCUUUGGCCUUCAGGAUACCCUCCUCCACCAGCUCUCCCUGUCGACCCAAAAUGUCCUCUCCACCUCUGCCCUGCCUGCUCUGGCUGGGUUUGGUGCAGGUAUGGUAGAAGCUGUGGUUUUCACCCCCUUCGAGCGCGUCCAGAAUGUGUUGCAAAAUGGCCAAAACGACCGCCAUCUACCCACCCUGAAGAGCGUUCUUGUCAGGCUGCAGGCCCAGACCCCAGCCCUGGGCUUCUACAGAGCCCUGCUGCCCAUCACAGCCCGCAAUGCUCUCGGCAGCUCCCUUUAUUUUGGCCUGAAGGGGCCGGUGUGUGCUGUCGUGGAGGGACAGGGCCUCUCUCCGGUGGUUUCCUCCUUCAUCUCAGGGACGCUGACCUCCAUGGCAAUCAGCUUGACUCUUUACCCUCUGUCUGUGCUAGUGGCAAACAUGCAGGCGCAGGUGGGAGGGGAGGCGAAGGGGGUAAUGGCUUGUUGGAGGAUGCUGUGGGAAUCUCGGCAGCGGAGUGUGGCUCUGUUGUACAGAGGAGGUUCUCUGGUUAUUCUGAGAUCAUGCAUUACAUGGGGUAUCGCCACAGCUAUCUAUGACAGGCAGCAGAAACGUUCAGGGUGAAGGGACGCGGUUAAAAAUGUUGGUUUGAUUGUAUGUAUUAUCUAUCAUCCAGAAAGCCGUGCAACUAUUUUACACUGAUUUUUGUGUAAGUUUAUUUUUCCCUCUUGUGUUGUAGCCUACUCCUUAUCACAGCUAACUCUCACUGUUUUCCUGGUGAGUUAACAGCCAAUCAUGUGCGUCACAAUGCACAAGGAAGUUGAAGGCACCACUGCAAGGACUUGAACUUCCGUCUCUGCAGUGGUGGGCGAGUAUUUAUCAUGAACCAAAGUUAAAUAUAACAAUAAUAGAAAUAUGGUGCUGAAUCACAGAUGCCUUGUAUUUUUACUGUCUUGAAGGAGAACUUCUCCAUUUUAACUCAUCAAAAUCAGUUUACUUAUCAUAAGACACACUACUUAUGAUAUGAAAACAGUAUAAUGUCCUCUGUAGCUCUGGAGUAGCUUUGCUUUUUUUUCCAAGUAUGUUAGGGCAUUUCUGCUUUUAUGUACAUAUAGAAAGAGGAAAUGAAAGCAAAGAAAUGGGCCAUGAUGACCUCCAACAAAGGUUACCAGCCAGACUCAAACAAGGGAAGUUGGAUAAUGUGAUCAGCAACUUAGAUCCCUCAGCCAUUAGGAAGUUCUCCGAACUCUGAUGUUCCUGUCAGGGUUAUCUCAGUUUGGAGAUUAUAACUUGUAACAGAAACCCCAUGUUAAAAUUGGGGGUGUUGAUUUUAACCAGCCAGACAGGAUCUAACAAAACUGGUGUCAAUAUGAAAAAAUAUCCAUAAUUUUAGGGUUGGACCCAUAUGAGGGAUUAAAGGUCAGCCUCUGCUUGAUCUUGAUCUGUCUUUUGGACGUCCCCCAACGAAAGUGCCGUGGAAUUUCCUUUCAGGUACAUAAGGGAGAUGGAUGCAUGUUCAAGGGGAAUUGUCAAGACAUUAUUUUAUUAUUGGAUGAUAUAGAUAUUUCACAUGAAGCAAAGGACUAGAACAAGUAAGACAGAUCACAGUGGCCCAGGGCAAGCAUCUGUCUGCCAGGUGGGACCUUUCUGUGUGGAGCUUGCAUGUUCUCCCUAUGUCUGCGCAGAUAUGCAGGAUACAUUAGCCAGAAACUAAUAUGCUAUGUAGCACUGUACUACCCGUCCAGGAUGAGUAAGUCAGUAGAUGGAAUAGAUAAAUUUGUUAAAUUCACAAUGUAGCCCAUUAAAUGAAACUGUAACUGUUUGACUGUGAAAGAAAAAUGUCAGGUGACUGUCUGUAACCUCAACUAUGCCUGUGAAAUAAACACAGAAUAACACUAUGUAAUAAAUAUUGCUGAAUACAGGCUUAUUUCCCUCAAAGUGCAUUAAUAAAUUGAUAUUAUUGGUCAUGAA